AAAGUGAUGUUUCACAAAGACAAUUACUCUUUGAAAAGUAUGACCCAGCAUUUACAUUUAUUGUAAUAAAAAGCUAGGUACUUUGUGUCUUGGCCAAUAUGGACAAGAUUAGGUGUAGAAAAAGCGGGAUUUUGACAUAAAAUGGGCACAGCUAUUCAUUAUUGAGAGCUAGAACAACAAUAUUACUAUCUUCAAAAUCAAAAGAAUCAAAGGAUAAUAACGCCAAAAAAAGAGAGAAGCCACCUCCCUAUUCAGGAUGUUUCAGCCACUGAUGGGUUCCUGCCAUGCUGAUGUUCUUGAUACCAAACAGAAAAUCAAUGGACGUCUGUAUAAGGCUCUAGUGACAUGCAACAGGAAGGAUGUUGUAGAUCUCUGCCAACGAAUUUCAGAUCAUGCAUUGCACGUAAUAACAGUGAAUGAUGAUACUGUUCUCCACAUGGCUACGUAUGCUAAAGAAGCAGCCUUGGUGGAAAGAUUACUAGAUGAGUUGCCUGAUCAUCAUGUCGACAAGUUGACCCGACAAAAUCGAGUGGGAAACACAAUUCUCCAUGAGACUGCCACUAGCAACCAUGCAAUUGCUGUUGCAGAUAAACUGCUAAAGAAAGCCCCCGGACUGUUUAGGUAUGCGCAACCACAAUGGAGAGACGGCUCUGUUUCGUGCAGCUCGGUACGGAAAAACUGAUAUGUUCAACUUUCUAGCUGCUAAAGUCUCUGGAUAUGACGAAGAAGGUCUGCUAUUUUAUGUUCAGAGAAGUGAUAAAACCACUAUCCUUCACAUUGCAAUUCUUUCUGAGCACUUCGAUUUGGCAUGCCAAAUUGCAUUGGCCUACAGACAUUUAAUCAGCGAAAAAGACGGUGAUGGGAUGACGAGUCUUCAACUUCUUUCAUGCAACCUGUCAGCUUUUAAACAAGAGCCUGAAGACGGAUUCAUUAAGUUAGCUAAAUCCUGUUGCAGUACAGCUUGGCAGGAGAAGGUUCAAAAUCGAAAGGAUAAAUAUAAAUCAGCUGUAGAGCUUGCCAAGCUUUUAUCUAGAAAUGAUACCUCAUGGGAAGUUACUUAUUCUAGCAUUGACCAGAGCAAGCCCAAAAUACACAGAUAUGGAGAGAUCGGUGGGCAAGAAGGGAUGUCUUUGGCUGCUAGAAUUCCUGAGAGAAUGGAUGAUGUUGGUGAAACUCCUUUGAUUUUGGCUACCAAGUCAGGCAUUUUGGAGAUAGUGUAAGAAAUACUCAGGCUUUACCCUCAAGCAGUUGAACAUGUUGACGACGAAGGUCGCAAUGUGUUGCAUGUGGCAAUCAAAUACAGACAGUUAAAGAUUUUCGAGCUUGUGACGAAAAUGGAAGUGCCCAUGAAGAGACUGGUAAGAAAGAUUGAUAACGAGGGGAAUUCUAUUCUGCACACUGUUGGUAUAAAGAGAAAGGAUUUUGUAUCUGAGAAGAUGGAAGGCCCUGCAUUCCUAUUACAAGAAGAGUUGCUAUGGUUUGAGGUGCCUUUUUAGACUUUUAGCAUCAACAUAUGAUUCACAUACAGGCAUAUUUUUUAGAAUGCUGCACUAAUCUUGAAUCUUUAAGCAAUUGGAACAAAACUUGAGGAAUUUGCAUUGCAUUUCCACAUACGGUAGAAAAGAAGAAAGAACUAAAAAUAUUAAUGGUCUAAUGCUUAUUUUCUUUGGAAAACUUCAGUGAUUGACAUGUCAGUUUUUUAUUGCGUGCGAGAAUACAGCGAGUCGAAAAAGUCACUCCACCUCAUUUCGUAAGCCACCAUAACAGUCAGAACCUCUCUGCAGAGGGUUUGUUUAUUACUACAAACUCUGAACUUCGUAGCUCAGCGAAAGAAUGGAUGAAGAGCACUGCAGAAGGAUCUUCGGUUGUGGCUGUUCUGAUUGCUACAGUCGCCUUUGCAGCAGCCUACACAGUUCCAGGAGGUCCAAAUCAGAGCACCGGUGUUCCUGUCCUCGUUAAUAAACCGUUCUUUGUGGUUUUCACUGUCUCGGACGUCCUAUCUCUUACCUUUGCUUUGACAUCAGUUGUGACAUUUCUCUCCAUCCUCUCAUCGCCAUUUCGAUUUAAAGAUUUCAAGCAUACCCUUCCCAAUAAGUUGAUGGCAGGCUUCACAUUUCUGUUCCUUUCCGUGGCUAUGAUGAUGGUAGCAUUUGGAUCAACAAUCUUUCUGACGAUAUACAAUAAGGAAAAUUGGGCUAAAGUUACUCUAUACACAGUAUCUUUUAUCCCAGUUUGCAUCUUCGCGCUAUCUUAUUUUCCUCUAUAUUCCUCACUAUCAAAAACUCACAACUAUUUGCUCGAAAACUUUCCUCUAACUAAACUUGUUCUAUCCAAACCUUGUAUGAUGAUGUCCAAAUGUUUAAAAUGUUGUCAAGUCCAAACCUCAGAGUCCCACAUUCCAUGAAAUACCAUACAUGGAAGAUAAUAUGUAUUAUUGUUAACAUUGUGCAGCAAGUUAUUGAGUUGUUGAUAAUUGUGAGGAUUUCAAUAAUCAUAUUAAACCAAUUUAUGAUGAGUGAAGA